AAAUGACGAGUCAUGUGAUCUGUUGCUGCCAAACGCAGAGGCUUGUUUUGGUCUGAACAACCGCAAACCGACGGUCCUUAAGCGUUUGAACAGCUUCGGAUCAGUUAGGGUGACAAUCCAAUAGCUAACAUGCAGAACGCCAUUAAUUCAGUAAAAGGCACGGCCCUUGGAGUUGCCGAGUUUUUCACUCCAGUAUUGAAGGAAUCUAAAUUUAAGGAGACCGGAGUUAUUACACCAGAAGAGUUUGUAGCUGCUGGAGAUCACCUGGUUCACCACUGCCCGACAUGGAAAUGGGUGUCUGGGGAAGAGGAGAAGGUGAAGCCCUAUUUACCCAAGGAUAAGCAGUUCCUAUUAACUCGUAACGUUCCUUGCUACAAGCGUUGUAAACAGAUGGAGUAUUGUGAUGAACUGGAGGCCAUCAUAGAGGAAGAUGAUGGAGAUGGAGGAUGGGUUGACACUUAUCACCACUCAGGUGUGGGGGGAAUCUCAGAGGCUGUGCGAGAAAUCUCAUUGGACAAUAAGGACAAUAUGAACAUGAAUGUGAACUCUGGUGCUAGUGGGAAUGGUGGUGGUGGUGGUGACGACGAUGAUGAUGAAGAUGAGGAGGCUGCAGAUAUGGAAGAGUAUGAAGAAAGUGGCCUUCUGGAAACAGAUGAGGCUACCCUGGACACCAGUAAAAUUGUGGACUCCUCAAAAUCCAAAGCAGGAGAGGCUGGGAGUGAUGACAUCCUGCAAACUCGAACUUAUGACCUAUACAUCACAUAUGACAAAUACUACCAGACUCCUCGGCUUUGGCUCUUUGGAUAUGAUGAGGACAGACAACCUCUGACAGUCGAUCAGAUGUAUGAGGACAUCAGCCAGGAUCAUGUGAAGAAGACUGUGACCAUUGAAAACCACCCCCACCUGCCACCGCCUGCCAUGUGCUCUGUGCAUCCCUGCAGACAUGCUGAAGUGAUGAAAAAAAUAAUCGAAACAGUUGCCGAAGGGGGUGGAGAACUUGGAGUUCAUAUGUAUCUGUUGAUUUUCUUAAAAUUUGUCCAAGCUGUCAUCCCCACAAUAGAAUACGAUUAUACAAGACACUUCACCAUGUAACUCCACUAUAGAGAGUUUAACGGAUACUCCUGCAAAAACCUUUUGAGUGUUGA